CGCGGGGAGGGGGAGACCUACACUCGCUGUUGACCGAAGUAGAAGUUCACAGGGAUUUUUCUUUCUUAAACGCAGCAGGGGAAAAAAACAUGGCAAAUACAUCUGCACAGCCUCCCUAUCUUCACCUGGCGGAACUGACCGCAUCCCAGUUCCUCGAUAUCUGGAAACAUUUUGAUGCCGACGGUAAUGGCUACAUUGAGGGCAAGGAGCUUGAAAACUUUAUUAGUCAGUUGGAGAUUGCACGGAAAGGAGCUGGUGUGGACCCAUCAAAUGCCUGUUUCAGAGACAAGAUGGCAGAGUUCAUGCAGAAAUUCGACAAGAACAAUGAUGGGAGGAUUGAGCUGUCAGAGCUGGCCCAGAUACUGCCAACAGAGGAGAACUUCCUGCUUUGCUUCAGACAGUUUUUGGGCUCCAGCUCUGAGUUUAUGGCGGCCUGGAGAAGGUAUGACACCGACCGCAGUGGCUUCAUUGAAGCAAAUGAGCUGAAGAACUUCCUCUCAGACCUUCUGAAAAAGGUCAACAGGCAAUAUGAUGACCAGAAAUUGCAGGAAUACACACAGACAAUUCUGAAGAUGUUUGAUCUGAACGGGGACGGAAAGCUGGGGCUGUCUGAAAUGGCAAGGCUUCUACCAGUUCAGGAAAAUUUCUUGCUGAAGUUCCAGGGCAUCAAGCUGACCACUGACCAGUUCAACAGCAUCUUCACAUAUUAUGACAAGGAUGGAAACGGGUACAUUGAUGAGAUGGAGUUGGACUACCUCCUGAAGGACCUCUAUGAGGGUGCUGAUGCCCAGGACCUAGCUGGCUAUAAAAAAAGCAUCAUGGCCUUGUCAGAUGGGGGUAAACUGUACCGCACAGAACUGGAAAUUGUACUGUGCCGGGAGCCCAUUGUACUGUGAUUGUACUGUUCUGCAAUCACAUUUCUCUUUCUGCUGCCUGACUACUGUAACCUUGUGCAUGUGCCAGGCACUACCCCUUUACUUUAUGUGUGUUUUGAAUGAAUGUGCACUACAAAGCACAAAAAAAAUAUAAUUUUCUUUUCCCAUUUUCUGUCACACCACAUAAAUCCCUUCUGCUUGAGGACAGACUGUCCAGCUAUGGUGUUGCCCUCUGCUCAAUUUUUAAACACAAUUCAAAUGGAUCUUAUUUAAUCUGAUAGAAAUAUAUUAAUAGUAUGAAUAAGCUUGUAAUGCUGUUAUUCACAUUAUUCAAUUUAACUGUCUUUUUAUUAAUCUAUAUUUUAAUUUAUUUGAUUGGGCCCCUCUGCAUCCCCUGGUAUUCAUUCAGGUUUCAUUUUCUGUCUUUGGUUUGGUUGUAUUACUUUUAUUAAAUUUUUAACUGUU